AUGGCCGGAGGCAGCGGAUACCAGCGAGACUGCGCCCUCGCCCACGCCCCGCCGGCCAAGCCGGGGCGCGUCCUGGCCCCGCCCCCUCUAGCCCCGCCCUGCGCCGUGGCCCCGCCCCCUCCCCGCCCUCCGGGCUUGGGCCCGUCCCGCGCCGUGGCCCCGCCUCCCGCCCUCGGCCGUUCCAAGGAGCGCUCCCCGGCCUCGGCCCGCCCUAUGGCCCCAGUCCUGGCUCUGUCGCGGGAAUCGGGGGCCGGCCCCGGGCGCGUUUUCCUCAGGACGCGGCCUCGGUCGGCCGUGCUGGCGGCGGGGGCCGUGCUGGCGGCGGGGGCCGUGCGGCGUUUGCUGCCACUUCCGCGAGCUGCGCGGCUCCGGGCUCGUCCUGACGCCGCCUUGGACUCAGGAACGCCGCGCUUGGGCCGCCGCCACCCGGACGUCCCUGCGCGCCGGGGCCUGCGGAAGCCGCGAGAACCGGGCUCCUGCCCAGCCCAGCCCAGCCCAGCGUGGCCUUUUGGGGUUCUCCGUUUACGGGUCCGCGGGACAAACUCAGCAGGUAAUUGCACAAGUAACGGCAAGUGUCACACCCCUCCCUGCCCUGCACUGCCCAUCCAGUGGACGGGGCUGUCCUCAGGCCGACGAGCGGGCCGGGAGCUGGGGACGGGAGCGGGGAGCCGGGAGCGGGGAGCGGGGAGCCGGGAGCCGGGAGCCGGGAGCCGGGAGCGGGGAGCCGGGGAGCCGGGGAGCCGGGAGCCGGGGAGCCGGGAGCCGGGAGCCGGGAGCCGGGAGCGGGGAGCCGGGAGCGGGGAGCCGGGAGCCGGGGAGCCGGGAGCCGGGAGCCGGGAGCCGGGAGCGGGGAGCCGGGAGCCGGGGAGCCGGGAGCCGGGAGCCGGGAGCCGGGAGCGGGGAGCCGGGAGCCGGGAGCCGGGAGCGGGGAGCCGGGAGCCGGGAGCCGGGAGCGGGGAGCCGGGGGCCGGGAGCCGGGAGCCGGGAGCCGGGAGCCGGGGGCCGGGAGCCGGGAGCGAGGAGCCGGGGAGCCGGGAGCCGGGGAGCCGGGAGCGGGGAGCCCGGAGCCCGGAGCCCGAGCGCAGCGCCGCGGCUGCAGGGGCGGCGCUGGCCACCGGGGGGCGGCCAGGAGAGCGUCGCACCGUGCGCCCUCGGGGCCGCAGCCCCGCCCCGGCCCCAGCCUGGCCCCAGCCCCCGCCGCGGCUCAGCUCCUCGUCCGACUCAGCGCCCCAGGAUCGUCCCAGGAUCGUCCCAGGAUCGUCCCGUGCGCUCCGCGCGGCCCCCGGCGCCCCGCUCGCCGCUCCCCUGCGUCCUCGGGGAGCCCGCCUGCCCUGCACCCUGGAGCGCCGAGCCGCGAGCCUUUGCCGACUUCCCCGGAUCCUCGCGGCCGUCGGGAGCGGCUGCCGUGCUCCGGUGCCCCGGAGAGAUUCUCCCGAGAAUCGUUGGCAGGAUUGGGGUGGCCGCUGGGACUCGGGGAGCUACAUGGAGAAGGCUCGGGUGAGCAGAAGAAACCACUGUUCGUCCCAGCGCUUUCUCCAGGGUUCGCUGCUUCUGGUCCGAUUCUUAUACCAGGAGCAGAGGGGGGUGCCUGAUGAGGACCGGUCAGAGCGCUCUGGCUGGCGUGAGUACGUGAUGAGGACUGGUCAGAGCGCCCUGGCCAGCGUGAGUGCGUAA